UCAUCGAGACCCAAAGCGUUGGCUGCGGGGGAGAAACCAGAACACGAUAUCUUUUUGAUGAAUAGGUCAUUCGAUUGCCAUUUGUCUGUCCUUACUUGUUGGAUGUGUUGGCUCGCUGCCACGGCUCAUUGAACAAGAUGACGGCCGUCAACGGUCUAAAUGGCCAUCGAGCGGGCGACGGAGUCAACACCACCUUUCCCUCUCCUACCAGCGCUCCUCCACGAUCAUUCUCCGUCGAAGGCUUCCGCAUCACAACACAAAAGUUACCAAUCUUGAAAGCCGGCCCAAUUGAAGAGAUGACAGCGAAUCUGGGCAUCGCUCCUCCUGAGAUGAUCUUCGGUGACAACUUUGUGGCCAUUGAGCAUCCACAAUCUCAUUGGGGUAUUAAGUUCGACGCCUUUGGGGCAUUGGAUCGGGUGGACAAGACCGGAGAAAAGAGAUUGAAAGUGGCAUACUCUAAGGAAUGGCAACAGAGCAGAGAAGACACUCACGACAUCAAGGAAGUGGUGAAGCCAUUCGACUGGUCUUACACUACCGAUUACAAGGGCGACCUUGCUCCCGAAAGUCCGGCAUUCCAGGAGGGAAGCGACCCAAUCCCACUGGAAUUAUUGCGACGACCAGAUCCGAUAUUGUUCUUCGAUGAUGUGAUCCUAUAUGAGGACGAGCUUGCCGACAACGGAAUCACCAUGAUCUCAUGCAAAGUCCGCGUCAUGCCUGCCCGCUUGCUCCUCCUAUGUCGCUUCUUCAUGAGGCUGGAUAAUGUCAUGUUAAGACUUCGCGACACGAGGGUAUAUGUUGACUUCGGCAAGCGGGAGGUCAUUAGAGAGUAUAUCGCAAGGGAAGAAGCGUAUGACAAGGUGCGCGACGAGUUGGCGACGAGAAGAGAUGAUGUUGCAGCUGUGCUACGUGAUGCAAAUCAAAUGUCUGAAUUGCUUCCGGUGGUUGAGAAGAGCCUGGAAAGGAUUCAGCUAGGCGAUUGAAGUGUACAUUGGCUUCUACAUGGUCGCUUGCAGUAUCGCCGAUCUGCCUCGAUCAACAAUCGCGUUGUCUGCGGAGAAAGGUCACAUUGGGCUUACUACUCGUCGCUCAGCAUCAGCUGAAGGGAGUGCUGUCGGAGCUCAACGU